AUGAAGAGUCCCGUGAGCAGCCGGGAUAAAAGUAAAUAUUGCCAUUUCCACGAAGAGAUAGGCCAUGACACUAAAGGUUGUUUUAGUCCCAGGCGGCUCUUUGACCACCUUGCUGAUGAGGGGGCUCUAAAAUCUUAUUUACCCAAAUCAAAGGGUACUCCCAAGAAGGUCAAGGGACAACCUCCAAAGACACCGGCAACUCAUUCUGACACUGAUGAGGAUACCAUCUUAACCAUAGCCUGUGGAUUUGCGGGUGGUGGUCCUACCAUCCGGGGUACAGAGGAUAACAUAAGAAGGCUGAUCAACUCAGUGGAUGAGGGUCAGUCGUCUAAAAAUUCAUUCCCGGAGGUCAAUAUCUCCAAAAAGGAUAGAGGAGAGGUCAGGAGGCCCCACGAUGAUCCCAUAAUCAUCGAAUGUAAAAUUGCCAAUCAACGAGUUGGCCGGAUCUUAAUUGAUACAGGCAGAUCAUCUAGCUGA